AUAACACAAGGUCAACACUGUUUGAAACAAGAAGGCACACAAUAUUUGCUAAACAAGUCGUCUGUGGGACAGUCAUGGGCUCUGAGGCGCAGAUGGAGAGACUCCGCGAGCUCUUUCACGCCUGUGAUGUGGAUCAUUCAGGACGAAUCGAGAAAUGGGAGUUUGAGAAAAUAUGCUCGGAGCUUCACGUCCAGUCCAGCGAGAUCGAUUCGCUUUUCUCCAGACUUGACACCGACGAGGACGGGGCGAUAAACUUGGAAGAGUUCAUGGAGGGCUUUCAGGAGUCGCACCUGCUGAAGGAGCCGGAGAUGAGCGGAGAGCCGGCGGGGGAAACGUUCUCUGCCGCCUGGGAAGACUUUAAAUCGCGCCUGGGGGAUCAGCUCAAAUUCAUCCCCAGGAUUGACCAGGUAGCAACUCUGUACCAGAACAUCAGUUUGACGGAGCCCAGAAUGGUCCCUCAGUACGAAAGGGUUCUUGUCAGUUUCAUCAAGGAGAUCCGGAUACUGAACACAGAAAUGGAACAUCUGGCACUGGCUGUCAAGAGAGCUCAGGAUCAGAUGUCUAUACAGCUGAGUGAGAUGGAGGAAGAGAUGGAUCACCGAAUCCACACCGCAGAGAGAAACACACGUCUGCAGGAGUCUAAAAAGGCCGAGGCGACUCUGAGCAGUAUGAAACACCAGUAUGACUCUCAGAUUUGUGAACUCCAGCAGAAGAUUCAGACUCUGCAGAUGAUGGAGAACCAGAACAGGAGUGUGAGCCUGAAAGAGGAAACAUCGGCACUCAAACGGCAGAACAACGAGCUCAUGCUGCAAAACCAGAAGCUGAAGCAGGAGCUGUUGGAGUCCCACACUAAUGUUGCGUUCUUGCAAAGCGAGCUGGACUCUCUGAAGAGCGAUCUGACAGACCAGAGCAUCAACUGUGAACGAGACGAGGCUCUUAUGAAGUGCUUUUCUGAGGAGAGAGAUAACCUGGAGAGACAGAUCGAGAUGCUUCAGGCAGCAAACAGAAAGCUCCACGACAGUAAUGACAGUCUGCGUACGGCGCUGGAGAGCAGUCAGAGCAAGAGCAAGACUCAGCGUGUUAGUGGACUCUCACCUGGAGUUUACGUGAACACCAGAAAGAAUGUCUGCCCCUCUUAUUUUGAUCGAUGCUGCAACACGUGUGUGGAUGAGGAAGAUUACGAUCAGUUUCGGCUGAUGGCGGGAAUGCGCAGACAGAGCUGUGAUUCUCUGGCUCUGGCUCUGUGUGACCCGAUGCGCAGACGCAGCUGCGAGGAGGACAGUCUGCCGGACAGCGGCAUGUCUACCCUGCGCUCCAAUAUCGGAUAUGAUUACGAGCACGAGAGAACGUCCAGUCCUGUGGAGGCAGAAGACAGCAACACCACAGUGUCUGGAGACACGUCUGAUACAGAGGUUGUGGAAAUGCAAGAAGAGGCUGCGCCAGGGUCGGACAGCGAAUCCGUUCAGAGCUGGAUGCCAUCAAAGCCUGUUCAGAAAGAAGACGUUUCUGCUUCAGGAAAGAAAUGCCUUUCUGCAAUCUUCACAGAGAGAGAGCAGGAUGAGCUGGCCGUGUCUCAGUCUCCAUCUGAGAAGGCUUACAGGAUCGUGCUGGCAGGAGACGCUGCGGUGGGAAAGUCCAGCUUUCUUCUCCGUCUCUGUAAGAAUGAGUUCAAAGGCAACACCAGCGCCACACUGGGUGUUGAUUUCCAGAUGAAAACUCUGGUUGUGGAUGGUGUUCCAACAGUGCUGCAGUUAUGGGACACGGCUGGACAGGAAAGGUUUCGGAGCAUUGCUAAGUCAUACUUCAGGAGAGCGGAUGGAGUUCUUCUGCUCUAUGACGUCACCUGUGAGAAGAGCUUUCUGAAUGUGCGAGAAUGGGUCGACAUCAUUGAGGACGUUUCUCAGGAUGACAUUCCCAUCAUGCUCGUGGGCAAUAAGACAGACCUGAGGAAGGAGGCUCUUCAUGACGGAGUCACCUGCAUUCCAACCAGCUAUGGAGAGAAACUGGCUAUGACAUACAGUGCCUUAUUCUGUGAGACGAGUGCAAAGGAUGGCUCCAACAUCAUUGAAGCUGUUCUUCAUUUAGCCCGAGAGGUGACCAAACACGCUGACGAUUACAAAGAGCCCGUAUCAGUGGCCAAACUGUCAGGAAAUCAUACCAAGAAGAUGUCCAGUCCAAACUGCUGCAUGGGCUGAUGGAUAAACCCGUCAACUUCUUCACAAAGAGCUGAUCAAGUAUUUAACUGUUUAACUAUUUAUUCAUCGCGUCAUGUAGGAAACCAAGUUCGAGAAUUUUUACCGUGCUAAAUAUCUUCAAGUAUUGUCUUGAGAAUUGUUGCCCUAAAUAGCCCUUAUACCUUUUAUACUGCAGCUGAUUAUUAGCCCAGAGUUUACUGUGCUGCACCUUACCUUUAUUUAUUGUGUGUAAAACGAAGAGGAUGUUGUUGUAGUUCUGUAAUGUGUGUUACAGGAUCUAGGAAGUGUGUGUAUUUGUGUUUCUGUUGUAUGUGAAGGUUUAAAUAAUGUGAGCUAAUUUCUGCCAUGAGAUGAAAAUAAUUGCUGACUUUUUUUUUCUUAAAUAGUGUGUUUACAUCUUGCAUUUCUGAUUUUUAUUUAAUUAUUUUUUGCCUCAAUUCAGAUUUUUGUCUUACUAGUUCAGAUUGUUUUUACUUUUAUAUCUUGCAAUUUCCUUUUUCUUGUAAUUCUUAGUUUAUAUCUCAGUUCUGUCUGUUCCUGUGAGUUUUUCCUUUUAUAUUACGCUGAACUCAUAAGCGGAGCCAGGGGGACGGCCAGAGACCACGGAGAUAGCAGCAAAGAAAAAAAACUGCAUUGAAGACAUGUAAACAUGUAAGGCGUAAUAUGAAUGUAAUUUAUUGUUGAUAAUUAACACAACACUUUAGCUAUUGUAAGUUUGUCAAUCAAAUUUAAAGUCCGCCUCCGCACAAAAAUGAAACUGUCCAACAUCGCACGUUAUUACUGGAGUUAGCAGCUGCUCUGAAAACCAAACCAAAAGUGCUGGCCAGCGGGCUAUUCUGAUUCUGAAAGUAAUAACAAAAAUAAAUAAACUGACCCCAAACUUCUGACCGGUAGUGUAGAUCAGUGGGUGAGUUUGAUAAAAUAAUUUAAUGUGCGUGUUGAAUAUAAUAGACAUUUGUUGAUAGGCGGUGCUUUUGUGGAAACCUCUUCUUGGUCGGUCGCAAAUCUUAAAUGCAUUAAAGGGCAGCUCAUAUAUUAGCCUUACCCUGGAGUUUGUUCACCCCCGCCUAUGGCUGAACUCGUCUUUUUUGUUUGAAUUCAGGGCCAAAAUCUUUAUUUUCUUUGAAUUAUCUUAUUUCUUAGUUUCUUACAAUCCUGACUUUUAUCAUUUUACUCACCUUUUUUACUUUAAAUGGCACCUAUGAUGAAAAUCAUCUUUUAUUCGCUGUUUGGACAGAACUGUGUGUAGGUAAAGUGUGUCCACAGUCAUAUUGGAGUGUCUCUUCUUUUAAAAGUCUCUUUUUUAAAAUUUCCUGACGUUAAAAUAGGACCCAAAUCCCUCCCAUUUUGAUGCCCACCACAACUUGAUGUAGGAGUGCGGUUUCCCCGCCCACCGAAUUGAUUGACAGCUGUGUAUUAACAUGACUCCAUAGUGACACGCAUAAUCAUAUCAAUAAGACAGGACGUGCGCAAAGCAACCGGGAUUAAAAGAUCUGUUGAGCUCUCUGUGAUCAUCAGCCAUCAUUAAAUGUGAUCAAGAGUGAGUUUUACAAGUUUAAAAGUUUUUUAAAACAGUACAUGUUUUUAAUAAAUUACAGCGAUCUUACUGUCUUUAUCAGCACAGCCGCGUGUCCGUACAAGAGAAGUCGCCUCAAUCCCGGUUUGUGGACGUUAAAUCAGGUUUAUUUUGUACAUUAACAUAACAGAUAUCCAUAUAGCAGUGGAGAUUAACCUGUAUCCUGUCACAUUUGCCGUGCGACAACAGUGCAAAGCUAAACGUGCACGCUGUGUGUGUGUGAACUUUGUAACGACGUUGUAUGUGACUCAUCAUUGCAGAAAGCCUUGAAUUAACUCCACAACAAAUACAUCAAAUACUCAUUGGGAAAGUUCUUGCUGUAGUAUUUCUCACAAACGUUAAGGGAGAUCUGCUUCUGCGUCUGUCGCUGUGCUGUUUAUCUGAGGCAGCCGAGGGUGGAGAUUGAGGCACACUCUGAUAGGCACGUGGGAACGGUGGGCGGGGAGAACCAGCAUUAAAAGCACAGGCCACAAAAACAGCUACAUGCUGUUCAGAGCAGUAAAUUACAACAUUCUGUAAGGUAUAAUAAAUAAUCCGAUUAGUGUUCUGAGCUGAAACUUUACAGACACAUUCUGGAGACACAAAUGAAAGGGGUAAAAUAGGUGCCCUUUAAAUUCUAAGUUUAUAUUUCUAUCAAUUCUGUCUUUCUUUGAAUUCUGAAUUCAUAUCUGGGUUCUUUAUGUCUUCUUUUUUAAAAUUCGGACUUUCUGAAUUUUGAAAUGGCUGAAUUGAGAGACGACAAUUAAGUUACUAAUUGUUUUUAUGAUAGAAAAAAAAAUCCAAAGAAAGUUCUGUUUGUCAAGUACAAGUAAACUCUUGAAGAGCAGCUGAUCAGAUGGAGAGCCAAAUGGUUGGAUUGAAUCUUAGAAGUUCAUUCAGUGUCCCUGACUGGGUUAUAUGCACAGCUUUUUCAGCCAAUGAUGAACUUCUGGUGAAAGGUUCCGGUGACCAUUUUCAAUUUCAUUAGGUUCCUUUUUCAGUAUCGAUGUUGUAAUGUAAUUACAAUACAUUCAGUUAAAUAGACUUAAGCAUUCAUUUGGUUGUUAAAGCAAGGCGCAGGCUCCGUCAUUAGCAACAGGUUGGCGCAAAAAAACCCCAUUAAAAAUACUGGGCUUUACUGUUAUUUAUAACAUUAUUACCUGUUAUUCACAGCCUGAUGUAUGUAGGUUCUGUUCAAUAAAGUAGACAUCAUUGGCGGGCACGCACUCGUUCUCAUGGUAGUAAACAAACAAUGCUUCAGCUCGUGUGUGAUUUUCGUGGCCGCGAAUACAUCAUUACAUUAAGCAGAAAUGAUAUUUUUGGGUGAAUUAUUCUUUAUAAAUACAGUGUAACACUUAACCUCCUAGGGCUUGAGCGUCCACAUAUGUGGACUGCACUUUUUAGCUCUUAAGUGGCUAUUUAAAAUACUUUGUUUUAUAUUUUGUUACACACACACACAGUUUCAUCCUGCAACUGUUUUGCAGCAUAUAAAAUGUCCCAAACCUUAUUUUUAACUGUCCAAAAUGGAAAUAAAAAAUGUUUUUUACUCUCUGAUAGUCAAAGCAAGUUCAAAACAAAAAAUUCUCUAUCAAAUAUGCAUUAAAAAAUUUCAGGAAAAGGUGUUUUAUUUAAAUUCGGACCACAAGUCCACAUAUAUGGACAUCAUUUUUCUCUAAAAGUACAUCAUAUCAAAAGAUGAUACUUAGAUGUUUAUUCUAAUUAGGUUCUAAUAAGCCCAAAUAGCAAAGAGAAAUAAAAAAAUGCAUGUAAAAAUACAGCUUGGGCCUUAAGAGGUGAACAGCAUUUGGAGGUGCCCAUGUUGCUGAGUAACGUAUAUAAAACAAAGACUUGCGAUACCGCCUUUAAGCUUCCACUUGAAAACAUAAUAUGCUGAAUCAUAGAGAUGCUGAACUGAGAUCGUGUGAAGGGGUCAAAUCGAGAUCGCCAUCUUUUUUCGAUUAAUCGUGCAGCUCUAGCCACCAUAGUAGACACUUCAAAAAUGAUUAGAGAUGAUUGACAACCUUCGGAUGCAUUUUUCAUUGCUUUUUGAAUUUCAUGGCUUUUUUCGUACCAAGCAUAGCUGUAAUAAUAUAUAGUGCAGUCUGUUUUGUUAAAUCUAUUCAGAAUUAAUGUCAAGCUUGAAGUUUAUUUCCAUGUCAAAAAUGUGUUUCUCUGAAAAUCUUACUUUCAUUUACAGCAAGACUGUGUUGAACUCUGAAUAUGCACAAAUAAAGAUGGCAAAUGUUUUCACUCCAA